GGAAUUAAUCCGGCUGGAAAUGGCGGGGUGGAGCCUAAACCUCCUGGGGCUGAGCCUAAAUCCCCUAGGAUCCAGCCAAAGCGCCCAAAUCCUGGAGCUUUCCAGGGAUAGGGGCGGUACCGGUACGGUGUGAGAGGGCGGUGACUCCACAUCGCCCCGCCCCUUUCCGGCCCCUCCAGAGGCGGUGCCGCCAUUUUCUUGGCGACGCCCACGGGGCCGGUUCUGGGCCGGGACCGGCGCUGGUCCCCUGUCUCCUUCGCCACCGGAGCGCCCUCAAUGUGUCCCCAAGGUGUCCCCAGGGAGCAUGGAGCCCCAAGAGCUGUCCCCGGCAAUGCUGCACCCGCCGGUCACUGUGGUGGCCACCCUGGGCGAGCUGCUGGCCACCCUGCCCAGGCUGGACGAGAUGAAGAUGCUCGUGUCCCCAUUGCGCCUGUACUCGGACCUGAAGAAAUUUUGCAAGGAUCUCCGGGCCACGCUGUACCGCAUUAAUGGCACCUGGUGGCAUCGCAAUGUCACCUGUGAGGGUGAUGACCCUCCGACCUCCCUGAGCCGCGCCCUGGCUGCCUAUGAGAGGACCCCAUGGACCACCUGGUUCCACGUGACAGUGGAGGCCUGGCAUUGGCACGAGUUGGUGGAUGCUCUUGUGGACAGCUGGGCCCAGCAGGCCGGGGCGGCCACCAAGCUCCGCAACACCUGCAGGGAGGUGGCCACUGAGGCAGGAUAUAGAAUGGCCACUGCCUGGGCCAGGCGGCUGCAGGACAAGGCUGCCCAUGAUGGGACAGCUCAGGCAAACAUGGCGGAGCUGGGUCAGGCCCUGGGCAGGGAGGAGGGGGCCGAGGUGGUGGCUGGGCAUGAAGCCCGGGUGAGGAGAGAUGCCCGGGUGCCUACCAACAAGGCAACAAGGGCCACCACGGUGAGACAGUGGGCAGAGGAGGCCCUGGGGCUGCUGCAGCGCUUGGUGGCCGCGUGUCACGAAGCCACUGCCUUCCCCCGGGAGCUGCAGCGCCUGCUCAGGAACACUGAGGCUGCCCUGGAGGGGACAAAUGAGGCAUCCCCCAAUGUCCCUGAAGACUUGAUGGCCAAGGUGGCCAAGGCCGAGCGGCUGUGGGAGGCCAACGCCCUCCUGGCCAAGGAUCACCUGCUGGGAGCAGUUGAUGACAUCAUCAAGUUCUAUUUCACUGGUGGUCCUGCCAGCCCCAGUGGCUGUGGAGUGACCGAGCGGUGCCAAAGAGCCAUCGAGGACAUCCCAAGGCUCCUUCGAGCCCAGGAGCAUCCCCAGAGCAUCCCCGAGGUGUCCCCAGUCAGCAUGGAGCCCCAAGAGCUGUCCCCAGCCCUGCUGCAGCCACAGGUCACCGUGGUGGCCAUCCUGGGUGAGCUGCUGGCCACCCUGCCCAGGAAGAACGAGAUGAUGAUGUUAUCCGCAGUUCACCUGUACUGGGACCUGGUGGACUUCAACGAGUACCUCACCACCCUGUACUGGGUUGAUGACAUCUGGUGGCGCUACAAAGUCACCUCUGAUGAUGAUGAACUUGUCACCUCCGAUGAUGAUGAUGACCAUCUAAUCUCCCUGAGCCAGGCCCUGGCUUCCUGGGAGAGCACCCCAUGGACCACAUGGGACCAUGUGACAAUGGCGGCCAUCCAGUGGUCGGUGUCAGUGGACAUGCUUGUGGACAGUUGGGCCCCACUGGCCAGGAGGGCCGCCAAGCUCCACAACACCGGCAGGGAAAUGGCCACUGAGGCGGCCGCAAUGCUGGACCAUGCCACCAUGUGGGAGAGGGAGCUGCAGGAGGAGGCUGCCCGUGAUGGGACAGCUCAGGAAAACAUGGUGGAGCUGGGUCAGGCACAAGGUGGGGAGGAGGGGGCCGAGGUGGUGGCUGGGCACGAAGCCCAGGUGAGGAGAGAUGCCAGGGUGGCUGCCAGCGAGGUAACCAGGGCCACCAUGGUGAGACAGCGGGUGGAGGUGGCCCUGGGGCUGCUGGAGCGCUUGGUGGCCGCGUGUGAUGAAGCCACCGUCCUCCCCCGGGAGCUGCAGCGCAGGGUUGGGGACAUCAAAGCCGCCCUGGAGGGAACAAAUGAAGCAUCCCCCAAUGUCUCUGAGGCCUUGGUGGCCAAGGUGGCCGUGGCUGAACGGCUGUGGGAGGCCAACGCCCGCCUGGCUAAGGAUCAUCUGGAGGGGACACUUGAUGACACCAUCAACCUGUAUUUCAGUUGUGGUCCCAACACCGCCUGUGGGGUGGCUGAGCGGUGCCGAAGAGCCACCGAGGGCAUUUCAAGGCUCCUUCGACCCCUGGAGUGCCCUCAAGGUGUCUCCAAGGAUUCACCAGUGAACAUGGAGCUUCAAGAGCUGUCCCCAGCCCUGCUGCAGCCACAGGUCACCGUGGUGGCCAUCCUGGGCGAGCUGCUGGCCACCCUGCCCAGUCUGGACGAGAUGAUGCUGCUGUUCCUAAGGUGCCUGUACUGGGACCUGGAGGAAUUUAUCAGGGAUCUCCGGGCCACUCUGUACUGCACUGAUGACAUCUGGUGGCACCGCAAUGUCACCUCCGACGAUGAUGACCCUCCGACCCCCCUGAGGCGGGCCUUGGCCACCUGUGAGAGCACCCCAUGGACCCCCCAGAACCAUGUGACACUGGUGGCCAGCGAGUGGCAGGGGUCGCUGGCUGUGCUUGUGAACAGCUGGGCCGAGCUAGUCAGGGCAGCCACCGAGCUCCACAAUGCCUGCAGGGAGGUGGUCACAGAGGCAGCCGACAGGGAGGCCACCAGCACCGCCCGGGCCAGGGAGCUGCAGGACAAGGCUGCCCGUGAUGGGACAGCUCAGGAAAACAUGAUGGAGCUGGGUCAGGGCCCAGGUGGGGAGGAGGGUGCCACAGUGGUGGCCAGGCAUGAAGCCUGGGUGAGAGAAGAGGCCAGGAUGGCUGCCAGCUGGGCAGCAAGUGACACCAAGAUGAGACAGCGGGUGGAGGCGGCCCUGGGGCUGCUGGAGCGCUUGGUGGCCGCGUGUGACGAAGCCACUGCCUUCCCCCGGGAGCUGCAGCGCAGGGUUGGGGAGAUUGUGGCCGCCAUGAAUGGGACAAAUGAGGUAUCCCCAAAUGUCCCUGAGGACUUGGUGGCCAAGGUGGCUGUGACUGAGUGGCUGUGGGACGCCAACGUCCGGCUGGCCAAGGAUCAUCUGGGAGGAACACUUGAGGACAUAAUCGACUGCUAUUUCAGCUGUGGUCCCGACAGCCCCCGCUGCCACAGGGUGGCCGAGCGGUGCCGAAGAGCCACCGAGGACAUCCCAAGGCUCCUUCAAGCCCCGGCGCAUCCCCAGAGUGUCCCCAAGCUGUCCUCAGUGAGCAUGGAGCUCCAAGCGCUGUCCCCGGCCUUGCUGCAGCCACAGGUUACUGUGGUGGCCAUCCUGGGUGAGCUGCUGGCCACCCUGCCCAGGGUGGAUGAGAUGAUGCGGCUGCUCAUGUCCCCAACAUGCCUGUACUGGGACCUGGAGGAAUUCACCAAGGAGUUCCGGGACACCCUGUACCGCAUUGAUGACACCUGGUGGUACCGCGAUGUCAUCUUUGAUGAUGAUGACCCUCCUACCAGCAUAAUCCAAGCCCUGGCUGCGUGGAAGAACAUCCCAUGGACAACCCAGGUCCAUGUAAUAUUGGCAGCCUGCCACUGGCACAGGUCGGUGUCUGGGCUUGUUAACGGCUGGGCCCAGCGGGCCAGGGCAGCCACCAAGCUCCGCAACACCUGCAGGAGGGUGGUCAAUGAGGUGGCCCACAGGGAGGCUACCUCCCAGACCAAGGAGCUCCAGGAGGAGGCUGCCCGUGAUGGGACAGCUCAGGAAAACAUGGCGGAGCUGGGUGAGGCCCCAGGUGCAGAGGAGGGGGCAGAGGUGGUGGAUGUGCAUAAAGCCGAGGUGAGGGAAGAGGCCAGGGAGGCUGCCAGCGAGGCAACCAGGGCCACCACGGUGAGACAGCGGCUGGAGGAGGCCCUGGGGCUGCUGGAGCGCUUGGUGGCCGCGUGUGAUGAAGCCACCGCCUUCCCCCGGGAGCUGCAGCGCCUGCUCAGGGACAUCAAGGCUGCCCUGGAGGGGAUAAAUGUGGCAUCCCCCAAUGUCCCUGAAGACUUGGUGCCCAAGGUGGCCGUGGCCGAGCGGCUGUUGGAGGCCAACGCCCACCUGGCCAAGAAUCACCUGCUGGGGACAGUUGACAGAAUCAUUGAGUUCUAUUUCACUGGUGGUCCCGCCAGCCCCAGUGCCUGUGGAGUAGCCGAGCGGUGCCGAAGAGCCACUGAGGACAUCCCAAGGCUCCUUCGACCCCCGGAGUGUCCCAAGAGCAUCCCCGAGAUGUCCCCAGUCAGCAUGGAGCCACGAGAGGUGUCCCCUCCGCAUCUGCAUGCGCUGGUGGCCGUGGUGGCCACCCUGGGCGAGGUGGUGGCCACUGUGACCGGGCCACACAGGGGCAAGUUCCUGCACGAGUCCCCAGACACCCUGCAUGAGGACCUGAAGAACUUCACCCGGAGCCUCUGUAAGAUCCUGGACCACGGUGAUGUCACCUCUCUGGGCAACUCUGGUAUCCCCUCCCUGGGCCGGGCCCUGGCCGCCCUCAGGACAGCCUCUGGGACCACCCAGGCCAAUGUGAGAGCCGUGGCCAGCGCCUGGCGGGAGUUGGUGGCCAGGCUCGUGGACUGCUGGGACCAGCUGGCCAGGGAAGCCACCAAGCUCCAUGACACCUGCAGGAAGGUGGUCACAGACCAGCAGCUGAUGGUGGCCCGGGACAAGGAGGAGGUGGCCCAGGAAAUGGCCACACACGAUGCCCAGGUGGUGGCAGCCACCAACGAGGCCAUGGGAGAGGCUGUGGCGGCCACCAGGAGGGGACAUUGGGCCGAGGUGGCCCUGGGGCCACUGCAGCGUUUGGUGGCCAUGUGUGACAAAGCCACCUUGUUCAACUGGAACAUGGAGUGCCGGCUCAAGGACAUCAAGGCCAUCCUGAAGGGGACAAAUGAGGUGUCCCCUGAUGUCCUCCAGGCCUUGGUGGCCAAGGUGGCCGAGUUUGAGUGGCUGUGGGUGGCCAGCGCCCGCCUGGCCAAGGAUCACCUACUGGGGACACUUGGGGUCAUUGACAACAUCCUCUUGAGUCCCUGUGGUGACCAUGGCGGCCCCGGUGGCCCCGGCAGCCGCACAGUGGACGAGCAGUGCCAAAAAGCCAUCGAGGACAUUCCGAGGCUGCUGUUGUGGUGGUGUUUGUAGGUCCCAGGAUGAGAGAAGAGAUGAGAAUCUGACUCCAUUUUUCAGGAUGAUUUAUUGUUUUAUGAUAUUAUAUUAAAUACGCUAUACUAAAACUAUACUAAAGAAAUAUCGAAAGGAUACAUCAGAAAGGUAGAAAAGAAUGAAUAGUAAAAACCCGUGACAGAGCAGAGAGCCUGACACAGCUGGUUGUGAUUGGCCAUUAAUUGAAAACAAUUCACAUGUUUGGAUAAACAGUUCUCCAAACCGCAUUCCAAAGCAGCACAACAUGGAGAAGCUGAAGCUUGCCAGGAGAAAAAAUCCUGGCAAAGGGAUUUUACAUGAAAUAUCACAGUGACAUGCUGUGGGGACAGUGAUGUCACCGGUGUGAAAUCAUUAGGGCAGUGAUGUCACUGGAGAAAGUUGUGGACACUUCAGUCCCACCAGCCCCUCAUGUUACCAAGUGCCCCUCAAGUGCCACCAGUUCCUCAAGUGCCACCAGCUGCUCGUGUCACCAAGAGCCCCUCAAGUGCCACCAGCUCCCCAAGUGCCACCAGUUCCUCAAGUGCCACCAGCUCCUCAUGUCACCAAGAGCCCCUCAAAUGUCACCAGUUCCUCAAGUGCCACCAGCUCCUCGUUUCACCAAGAGCUCCUCAAGUGCCAUCCGCUCCUCAUGUCACCAAGACCCCCUCAAAUGUCACCAGUUCCUCGGUGCCACCAGCUCCUCGUUGCACCAAGAGCUCCUCAAGUGCCACCAGCUCCCUUAAGUGCCACCAGUUCCUCAUGUCACCAAGAGUCCCUCAAGUGUCACCACCUCCCUGAGUGCCACCAGCUCCUCGAGUGCCACCAGCUCUUCGUGUCACCAAGACCCCCUCAGUUGUCACCAGUUCUUCGAGGGCCACCAGCUCCUCGUGUCACCAAGAGCCCCUCGAGUGCCACCAGCCUGGGACAGAACUGGCGCCACUGGGCUGGUGGUACUGCCAUGUCACUGGUGCCACCUGCAUGCUGUCCCUGUGUCCCCGCAGAGGGGACACGCGGAGUGGCAGAGGGGACACAGGGGUAGUGGACAGGGGCUCUCAAAGGGACAGAGGGGACAGCAGAGCCCUCCAGGGAGGGCACAAGGGGGACCCUGGGAAGUCACAAGUGUCACCAGGUCCCUGACACCUCCCCUGUCCCCUUCCCAGCUGUCCCUUCUGCAGCUGGAGGUGAUGAUGGAUGUGGUGGCCAUCGUGGGCGAGGUGGUGGCCACCGUGACUGGGCCAUACAGGGGCAAGUGCCUGCACAAGUCCCCAAACUCCCUGCAUGAAGGUACCUGAGGAGAUUCACCGGGAGGCUCCGUAGGACCCUGAACCACGGCAGUGUCACCUCCACCGUGGUGUCCCCUCCCUGGGCUGGGCCUUGGCCACCCUCGGGGCCACCCUGGGACCACCUGGGCUGAUGUGAGAGCUGUGGCCAGCGCCUGGCGGGAGUCGGUGUCCAGGCUCAUGGACAGCUGGGCCCAGCUGGCCAGGGAGGCCACUGAGCUCCGUGCCACCUGCAGGGAGGUGGCCACUGCUGAGGCCACCACAGCAGCCACCGCCCAGGCCAGGGACUGGCAGGACACGGCCGCCUGCUUGGGGACAGCUCAGGAAAACACGGUGGCCCCAGAACAGGAGCUGCCACUGGCCCUUGACAGGGAGGAGGGGCUGCGCUCAAGGCCUGGGUGGUGGCGGCCACCAAUGAAGUGCUGGUGGCCACCGUGGCCAUGGGAGAGGCCGUGGUGGCCAAGAGCCAGGUGUUGAUGGCCACCAGGAGGUGAAGGUGGCCCUGGGGCUGCUGGAGUGCUUGGUGGCUGCGUGUGACAAAGCCACCGCCUUCCCCCGGGAGCUGCAGUGCCUGCUCAGGGACAUCGUAAACACCACAGAGGGAACAGAGGAGGAGUCCCCCAAUGUCCCCAAGGCCUUGCCAGCCAAGGUGGCCAUGGCUGAGUGCUGUGUGAGGCCAACGCCUGCUUGGCCAAGGAUCACCUUCUGGGGACACAUGAUGACAUCAACCACAUCUUCAGUUCUGAUGCCAACAGCUCCAGUAUCCGUGUGGAGACCAAGAAUGCCAAAAAGCCAUUGAGGACGUCGUGAAUUUGCUGCAGGGAUGGUGAUGUCACUGCUGUGACAUCAUGGGGGCAGUGACAUCAUGGGAGACAUUGCUGCUCUCACCUGUCCCCUCCCCGUGCAAUAUUUGAGACAAAUUGGGGGAAUUUUCUGGGAAUUUUCAUUCAUACUGUCCCAAAUCUUGUUGGGAACUUCUGGGGUUACGUCACCGGGGACAGUCUAGGGACACUGAGGACACUCAGGAACACUCAGGGACAGGAGUGACUGAGUCCCCUCGGCAGCUUCCUGCUUUCCAUUGUGCCUGUAGCAGAGCCGGGACAUAAAUGACAAUUUAAAAAUUGCCUUCUGCAGUUCUGCAUUGGCUUUUGCACUUUUGUAUUGCCUUUUGCAAUUUUUUACUGCCUUUUGCACUUUUGUAUUGCCUUUUGCACAUUGUUAUUAUUCAACAGCAAUUUGAUAUGGUGUUUGAUACUGAUAUUGAUUGUUGGUGAUUCCUUGUAGCGGCCGGUUGGUGCAAUAUAAUCUAUCAGUUCAUGUGUGCACCGUACAGCCUCUAAAUAAAUAAAUUAAUUGAA